AUGUGUGUAGACCACGACGAGCGAUGGCAUGAUGUAUCGGGCCCUGCGCCCGUCUCACAACGGCACGCAUCCCAGGUUCUCGGAGGCCGAUGGCGCUCGACGCAGCAACGAAAAUGGAGAGAUUCUUUGCGACCACCGCGACGGCGUCGGAUCACCUGGUGGAAUGGGGGAAUCGCUUGGUCAGUGGUGGUGAUGAUGGUGGUCUUGUUGACUUGGGUCUCGCCGGCCUCGGCGGCCCUGUUAAGUUUCGAUAAUUGCCUGGAUGCCUCCAUCAUCGAAUCGAGCCCACGUCAACUGCAGUUCAUCCCUCUGAAUGUCUCGGUGCUUUUUGACCUGGAGAAUCCCCUUCAUUCUCUGAACAUCACCGUGUACGGCAAUGUUUCCGGAACGGCCGAUCGGCGGUCGACAUAUCCACUUCCUGAUGAUGCGCAAUGGAAUAACCCCAACGACACCGUGGGGAAGAUUGUGGAUCUGGAUACUGCCAACAACAGAUAUUCCACCUUGAUUGCUUCCGUGGAUGUCGUCAAUUUCUCCCCCUAUAGCGAGCCAUUCCGAUUCUGUGAUACCCUGGUUCAAGGGCGACUGUUCCGUUGGGACCAGUCUUUUAUGCUAACACACUUCGGAUCAUCCCUAAAAAGUGCUUUGGCCUACGUUCCCCUCGUCAUCCUGAUCUUGGUGGGCGUCGCGACAGUCAUUUCGGCCAUUUGGAGCCCGUGGGGUACGACGGAUCCGUUUCGGUGGACAAGCAAUUAUGGCCGCGACGAGGAUGUCCUUCGACUGGUGACGCCUGGAUUUGGGGAUUGUCUCCAAUAUAUACAGUUUGCAGUGCUGACGGGCGCCUUGUCGUUGAAUUAUCCUGGUUAUUACCAGCCCGCCGUCAGUCAAGUUGCCUGGUCCACUCUUAUGUUCAACCAGAGUCUUUUCAACCCCGGCCACGAACGGAAUCCUGUGUCUGAUGGGGUGUACGCGGUCGAUGGCACCUACGGGUUGGAUCUGCUGGGGCAAUACGUCGGAAUGAACUCCUACCGCGAUAUCUGGCCGGGUAUGAUGGUGUGGUUGCUUUCAAUCGUGGUGAUCAUCACUCUCAUUAUUCAAGCCGCUUUCGCAUUCCGCUGGCUUCAUCGCGAGUUUGCAAACAUCCCGGAGGAAGACCUUCGAGCGAAGAACAUGCCAUUCACCGUUGGCAACGUGAUACGCAUUGUAUUCAACUUCCUGUUCCUGCCGCUGAUCUCGCUUUCAUUCUUCCAACUGGUCAUCGCCGGUGAUUCUCCUGCCUACUGCACAGUGCUUGCAGUUGUUGUGAUCCUGAUAGUGGCUGGGUUCUGUGUUUGGACAGUGCGGAUUAUCGCAAGAACCCGUCCUAAGUCCUACUUGUUUGAUGACCUCUCAACAGUGUUGCUGUAUGGUCCACUGUAUAACACAUACUGUGACGACGCCGCAGCUUUUGCAGUAGUCCCGAUCUUCAUUUCGCUUGCUCGAGGUGUUGCCAUCGGUGCGCUUCAGCCGUCCGGAAUAGCGCAAAUCGUCGUACUCGCAAUCUGCGAAGUCGUCUUCACCCUCACUCUGAUUGCCUUCCGUCCAUUUCCGUCCCCGACGUCGAUGAACCUUUACCAUGGCUGCUUCUCCAUUGUUCGUUUCCUCACGGUACUGCUGAGCGUUGUAUUCGUCCCGUCCUUACAGGUCUCCCAAGCGGCUCGUGGAUGGAUUGGAUAUGUGAUCCUUCUGCUACAUGCUUUGGUUUUGGUGUUUGGCUUCUUCCUGAACGCCUUGCAAACGAUUGUUGAAGUGGUCGCACGCCUUGCCGGAGCUGGCGGAAAUGAGGGAGGUAUCACCCGUGGUGGACUUGUCAAGGUGUUUGGUAUGCGGCAACUUUCACGACGCGUACCAAGACAAGCUGUUGGGACCCGGCAGAGCAUGGGUUCUGAGGCUGCCAUCCUCGGACCCCAUGACAGUAGACUGUCGUCUCAAUUCGAGGGAUCCAGGCCUAGGAGCUUGUCAGGCAGUUCCGCACUUCUUUUGAACCGAGCAACCGCGAGUGACGGUAGGACCAGUGCGUUUUUUGAGUCGGGAAGUGCCCAUGGUGGUACGCAUAGUCGCGCCAAUAGUAGUGGUCUGUUCACGCCUACUACUACCACCUUCAAUGCGGCUGGCUAUCAGACGGGAAGCAGUUCUCCGAAGAGUGGUCCGUUAUACCACAUUCAACCACAUGACCCGUACUAUCGCCCUCCACGGCCUCGGAAAAAGCGGAUGGAUUCCGGGCUGUCUGGGGAGAAACGCAGACGCGGUUCGAGUAGUCGAUAUAUGACUGAUGCAGACGACGAUAUACUCGAGGGCCCAUCCGCAUCUGGACGCGGCACCCCUGUUCCGGCCUACCUGCCGGCACCCAAGGACGAGCUUGACUAUGACGACCCGCGACAGACCAGGAAGGAUUACGCUGUCCGCGAGGUCGACUUCUACUAUCGAGUGCGGGGGCCACCCUUAUCCCAAAGUGGCACACGCAAACUGAAAACGGGCCCUGCAGAUCCCACUGGGCCUGUCUCCUCUGCCACCGGUUUCUUCCGGAAUUUGCUUCGAGGAAAGACCAAGGAGAAAGGCAAAGGGUUUGAAGUUGUCCGCAGCGCAAGGGCUCCGCCUCCUGGGCUGUAUGGGGAGGCAGAAGACUUCCAUGAACCAUAUCGUGACGAACCUGACGACCAAGCCGGCCAAGGGUCCAUCCGCCAGGUACCCAAGAAUGACGCGGACCCUCAGGAUUCGGAGGGCGAGGAGGACGGUGCUGCCCGUGAUAAUUUGGUCACCCUUCCCGAGGUGGAAACCGGUGGUACGAUCGAGCUUCCAAGCCGUGCUGGGUCCCGCCAUGGUUCCCAUGCGCCCUCAGCGGCACCGAAGACCCCGUCGAUCACAAGACAGGACUCCAUGGCUUCUGCGGGACGUGAUGAUCACCCAUCGGAACAGGCACCUGCAGCGGAUGGCCGUCUGGGGGACACCCUUUUCACCCCACAACAACUCCAUCCAUCGUCAUCCAGUACCGGUCGACUUCCGUUUAGUGCAAAUAGCUCUCCUUCGCGAGACCGAGGCCUAUCUAUAGCUUCCACCACAGUGUCGACGUCGUCCAGCCACCAGCAUGGACACGAGGGUGGCCCCGCGCGACCGUCGAGUAUGGGAUACGUUCCUCAGCACCGAAUGCUGGAUAAUAUUUUCCAGGCGAGUCCCGAUGAGCCAACUUUCACCGGGAGUUCGGCCGAGUUGGUUAAUGAGCCCCAUAACACGGAAAGACACGAUUAA